AAUAAUAAUACAAAAUAAUAAAUAUCAUACAAAUAACGCACUCGUCCGACAUCCAAAAUUGUCGGCAAUCGCCAAUCGGCAUUCCGCCAUUUGCCGAUCGCCGUUCGUAAAGAUCAAAAAGUCUGGUAACGACCAAACGGAUUGUCUGGCAACCACUAGCUUGCCUGCGAUCGAAAUUUCCCAUCAGUCAUGUCACGGGAAUACUACAAUUUGCGAUUCGUCGUCACCACACCGACGCUGUCCAUCACCGAGUACAACUGCCUAAAAGAACCUUGUAACCAGAUUGGAUUCCUAAUUGGCGAUAAAAAAAUUAAAGUAUCAAAUGUUAUAACUGAUGAAUCGUUAAACAACACCAUCACAGAAGAAACAAUAUGUGUCCAUGCUUCAUAUCCACUACCAGAUUUUUAUGAACAACUAUGUUCAAACCCAUUACAAAUAGACUACAAAAAAUUGAAAUACUUUUUACAGAAAUGUCCAGCAAAUUAUGAGAAAUCUAUUGUUGGUUGGUACAGAUUUCGUAGAAAUGCUGUAUUAUCUCCCAGUAUUGCUGAUAUUCGUUUCCAUGCACAACUCAGUAAUAUUUUUGAUAAAAUGAGUGUAUCAUCAAACAAAUUUCUAUUUUGCAUGUUGAACCAUAACUAUAUUGGUUCCAUGGAUCAUAAAUUCAAUCAUAUUUUUUACAGAUGUGACACUGGAAAAUGCUUGAACCCAGUUAAAGUUGAUAUCGUGAAUUUAAGUACAAAACCUUUCAUCGAAGAUGAUAAUCUUGGAUAUAAGACAAACAUUAAUUUAAUCGAUAACUGCAAAGCAUACACAGACACUAUAAAUAAAGUAUUUGGAAAUGGGAAAGAACAGUGUUCAAAAGUCUCUGUGUACAACAUGAGAACUGCUUUGAUUGAAGAGAUGAAUAAAAUGGUUAAACGGAUAGUAGAAAAUGAACAAGAAGUUAUCAAACUAAACACAUCUAUAGAAGCAAAAAAACAAGAGAUAGAAAAGAAAAAGAACGCUAAGCCAUGUAUUCCUAAAAUAUAAUGGUUUUAUUAGGGGAAAAAAAAUAAAUAUGUUUGUAAUUUUUUUAUUACUACAUACUUCCUUUAUUUAAGGCUUACAAUUUUUUAAACGCUUAUUAUUAUUAUUAUUAUUAUUGUGUACUUUAAUGUUUCAAUUCAGCAAUUUUUGUUAUAAAAUAAAAUAUAAGUUACCUUUA